GCGAGAGCAACAAGCGGCGGGCACGCCGUCACGCAAGCCUGCCAGCCUUUGUGGGCUACGCUCACCCAUCCCGACGAGCCCUGCGACCCCCGCCGUAAAAGAUAAUUUCGCGCAUUCCAGGCCGCCGCUCGCUCCCAGCGCGCGCUUCUUCAGCACCCUUGUCGAGGCCUCCACCGCAUCCCGCAGCCAUAGCAACAGAUCUACGAGGCCUUCACGCGCCGAGCACACCUCGGUCGUCCGGUCUUUGCGGCGGCAACAGCCUGUCCUCAAAAACUCCUCAUCACCUCUGCUUGUUAGCGCGUGUGCACUGUGCGCCUCUACACAUCAUGACGCGAAGAAUAGUAUACAGCGUCGGCCUCUGGCUUACCCUGGCCAGCACGACAAUGACCAUCGCCAGCAUCUACAUGCCGCGAUGGAUCAGCUUCGACCCAAACAACGACGGGCGCAAAAUGUCUUACGGACUCCACAGCCGCUACACAAACAUCCCCAAUGAGCCCGAAUACGCGCAGUUUCCUAGUCGCGAAUACUGCAAGACAGAUGAAAGCUUCUGCAACAUGUGGAGGACCGUUGGCUUCUUCAUCUCCUUCGACGUCGCCGUGGAGCUGUGCACCCUCGUGUCCUUCGUCGUGAUCAUCUCGGGCGGAGUGCAGCGCAGGGCCGCCGGAUGGCACAUUGUCAGCACACUGCUGCUAUUCUGUGCCUUUGUACAGUGCGUCGGCAUGUCUAUUGUGGCCUACCUCUUUGACCAUCACGACCGCUUCUCCGUCCCAGGCCACUACCUCGACGCCUCCUGGUCUCUCUGCACCGUGUCAUGGGUGACCCUCUUCUUGACCAGCCUGGGCAUGGUGGCCUCAGCGCUAUACCUCCCGCCCGAGGGCGACUACGAGCUGCUUCCAGAGGACAACCUUGAGAUCGUGCAAGACGAGCAAUUGUACAGCCGCAUCGGCGCGUGGAACGACGGAUACCACCGCAACAGCGGCGAGUGGUACCAGCAGUAUCAGGAAACGGGGUCGAUACGCUCCCAGUCGGUGCGCUCGGAGGCGCGGUAGAACAUGCAGGAGGUGCAACGACGAAAUGAUGUAUGAGGGGUCGAUGGACGACAUGAUGGUUGCAAGCGCCUGUCUUGCCCGUUGUGGUGGAUGGAGUUGCGCACAGGAUGACUCCAGAUUCGACAGUCUACGUCGACAAAAGCGCGUUUCGGUAGAUCUGUUCAGCCCUCCGUCUUCAGCACAGCACGACGACUUGCGCGAACGGUGGAGAAGGAGCAUUUCGCAUUUCUGGUUCCAGCUCGGCGUUUACGUUAUCCUUGGAGUUUCUGCAUGGGUUGUUCCUGUCCUAUUUUGCGAAGAUACCCCUCUACCCUGGUGGCUGGGCUCUGCUUUUGCGCUUGCUCUGCGGUCGUACUUUACAGCGUUCGCGUUCUCGUUUCGGAUCCUAGCGUAAUAUUUCAAAUCAAGCUAUUCCUCUCUCCUCCAC